AUGGAAUGGUAUAUUGAUCAAUAUCAAAUUGAAAGGGAGUUUGAGGUAGGAGAUGAUGUUAACAUCAAACUUCAACUGUCUAGACAAAAUUUGGUUGUUUCGAGAAAGAAUCCAAAGGUUGGAGCACCUGCACGUGUUGGUUUGGUGGCUCCAAUUGAUGUCAUUGUCCCCCGUGGGAAUACUGGUCUUGAUCCCUCACAAACAUCUUUCUUCCAGGUUCUCAACAUCCCAACCAAGAUUAACAAGGGUACAGUUGAAAUUAUCACCCCUGUGGAGCUUAUCAAAAAGGGUAACAAAGUGGGUUCCUCUGAAGCUGCACUUCUUUCAAAACUUGGAAUUAGGCCAUUCUCUUACGGUCUUGUAGUCCUCUCCGUUUAUGACAACGGGUCCGUUUACAGUCCUGAGGUGCUUCAUUUGCCCGUAGAUGACCUCGUUGCCAAGUUCGCUAUGGGUGUUUCAAUGGUUAAUUCAUUGUCACUAGCCAUCUCUUACCCUACCCUCGCAGCUGCACUGCAUAUGUUCAUUAACGGGUACAAGAAUGUUUUGGCUGCCGCAGUUGAAACCGGUUAUUCCUUCCCACUAGCUGAUAAAGUAAAGGAAUAUCUUGCGGUAUGAAUUCAAAUUCUUCAUCAAGUGCUGUACCGUUUUUUUUUUUUUUUUUUUUUUUUUUGGAAAAAAAUUAUAUCAUGUUCGAUGUUUAUAUUUUGAUGUGAUAUUUGCUAUCUAGGGUCUUAGCAUGUCUGCUGCUGAUCCUUCUGUAGUUGCGGAUUUGGGUACUGCUCCUGCUUCUGCCUCCAAGGAAGAGGAGAAGAGAGACGAACCUGCUUUUGCACCUAUACCAGCAGCAGCUACUUUGGGUCCUUUUGGUGCUGUUGGUGCUCCAGUUGAUAGAGCUUAUGUAUUUCCAUGUCUACCCAGGUUGGUCCAUCUGCCACUCCUUAUUUAUGCAUACAUUCCCAGAAUAUCUUAUUUUCUCGAUUUAGAAAAUUAUUUUGUCUAGAGUCUAGACACUACUUUUGUGUAGUUUUUUCUUUUUCUUUUUUUCUCUGAAG